CCCCCUUUCUCUCUGUCACAGCCGGCCUCAGAGCCGCUGCCUGGAUCCAAGCAGCCGCUGCCUGCCCUCUAUCACCCCCACUACCAUGUGCAGCCCCCAGGCCUGUCCCCCAUCCGGCUACAGCAAGGUCGGAUCCCAGCCCCUCUGAUCUCCCCUCAUCCCAACCCCACCCCCGGUCUGUGUGGGUCCCCCCCCUUCUGCACCCCAUCAGAGAUGUUUCACCCCUUGGUGGCUGGGGGCAUCGUCUUCCCAGGGCUCUUCCUGCUGGCCAAGAACAGCCUCAAGCGGCUGCCCUGGCUGCAGUGGGAUGAGGCCGACGCUGUCAUCAUCUCAGCCAGGCUGGUCUCCUCCAUCCAAGCCGUCAUGGCCUCCACAGCCGGAUACAUCGUGUUCAGCUCCUGCCAACAUGUUAUCGAUGACCAGCACUGGCUGGCGAGCGCCUACACGGAGUUUGCGGUGCCCUACUUCAUCUAUGACAUCUACGCCAUGUUCCUGUGCCACCGGCACAGGUACCGGGUGAAGGGGCACGAGGCUGCGGGGCCCCGCUCGCUGCGCACCGCCACCCGCGCCUUCCUGCGCAAGGAGCUCCUCAUGGUGCUGCACCACCUCUGCAUGGUGCUGGUGUGCUUCCCCGUCUCCGUGCUGUGGCGCCAGGGGAAGGGCGAUUUCUUCCUGGGCUGCAUGCUGAUGGCCGAGCUGAGCACCCCCUUCGUCUCCCUGGGCAAGGUGCUCAUCCUGUACAAGCGGCAGCACACCCUGCUGCACAAGGUGAACGGGCUGCUCAUGCUGGUGACCUUCUUCUGCUGCCGCAUCCUGCUCUUCCCCUACAUGUACCGGGCCUACGGGCGCCACGCCGGGCUGCCCCUGCACCGCGUGCCCCUCGCCCUGCCGCCCGCCUACAACCUGGGCGCCGCCCUGCUCCUGGCCCCCCAGCUCUACUGGUUCGGCCUCAUCUGCCGCGGGGCCGUCCGCCUCUUCCGCCGCGCCCCGCCCACGGACCCUGCCCUGCGCAACGGGCACGGCCCCGGGGGGCGGGCGCUGGACUGAGACCCCCGGUGCCAGGGGCACGGCCUCUGGGGGCGGGCGCUGGACUGAGACCCCCGCCCUCCGCCACGGGCACCGCCCCCGGGGUGGGCGCUGGACUGAGACCCCCCCGGUGCCACGGGAACCGCCCCUGGGGCGGGCGCUGAACAGAGACCCCCCCAGUGCCACGGGCACGGCCCUGGGGGGCAGGCGCUGGACUGAGACCCCCCCAGUGCCAGGGGCACGGCCUCUGGGGGCGGGCGCUGAACAGAGACCCCCCCGGUGCCACGGGCACGGCCCCGGGGGGCAGGCGCUGGACUGAGCCCCCCCCAGUGCCACGGGAACCGCCCCCGGGGCAGGCGCUGGACUGAGCCCCCCCCAGUGCCAGGGGAACCGCCCCCAGGGUGGGCGCUGGACUGAGACCCCCCCGUGCCAUGGACACUGCCCCUGGGGGUGGGCACUGGACUGAGACCCCCCCAGUGCCACGGGCACCGCCCCCGGGGGUGGGCGCUGCGUUGAGACCUCCCAGCCUACCUGCUCUGUGCUAAGGGCAUGGCCUCGGGGGGGCUCGCUGGCCUGAGCCCCCCGCCCGUGCGGUGCCAUGGGCACAGCCCUAAGGCCCUGGCAUGAGCCAUCCCCGCGUGAUGGGCACGGGGUGAACUGACACCCGGGGCCAGCGCCCACAGCCUCAGCUUCUAACGACUUUAUUUAUUUAUUUAUUGGGGGCCCUCCCUGGAAUUCUCCGGGGGCUGCUGCAGGAGGGAGUGGGCCCCCCUUGGACUGACAGGGGCUGACUGCAACCCCCAUUCUCAGGGGGCUGCCCAGUAGCACCUGGGGUGGUCCCCCUGGGUGGUGCAGCUCAGACACCCCCAGUAAUGGGGGGAUGAGGUGCAAAUCGGGGGGUUGGCUGUGUUGGGAGGCGAGGGUUUAGCCUGGAGAUUUGGGGGACCCCUGGGAAUCUCAGGGGGCCACCCAGGGGAUUGAAUUCCUGCCCCACCAGAGUGUGGGGGGACCCAGCCAGACUCCACCAGCAGACAGUUUGGGUGGACUUGGGGACCCCCCGCACUGCACCUCACUCUAGCAAUAACCAGGCAGCGGGUGGGGAACUGACCCCCCCAACAAGGACUGUGAGCUCUGCACCCCCCAGCUGCUCGCUGGGUCAGGAUGUAUAUGGGGGGGGAUUUCCAACCCUGGGGGCUGCAAAGUAUUAAAGGAGCCUUGAUC